AUGUCGAUAACCACGAUCGAAGAUUUAUCUGACGAAAUUUUUUGUGAAAUCUUCGACUAUCUUGAAGGAUACAUUAUUUUUCAUGCAUUUUCAAAUCUUAACAAUCGUUUUCAAUCACUUCUCAGUUCACCAUUAACACGAUUGAAUUUAAAUGACAAUGAUAUCGAUGAUCGAGCAAAGAGAAUCUUUCUCGACAAUUAUAGCGAUAUUCUUUGUUAUCAUCAGCAUCAAAUUGUGUCGAUUCAUUCCUCGAGCCUCGAAAAUACGCAACUGAUCGCUCUGACAAUCAAUUUUGAUCAAUCAUUUCAACAUCUCCAAUCAUUGGCUCUUUAUUCAAUCGAAUUAGAAUCUUUACUACCACUUCUUUAUCAUUUGUCUUCAUUACCACGUUUUAUCGCACUAACGGUCGACCUUUCGACUGAAAUAGGAAAUCAAGCCGAAAUCUAUCAAUUGAUGCUUAAUUUACGCAAAUUGAAGUAUCUCAAGUACAGAGCAGCUGAUUCCAACGAUUUCAAUAUCACUAUUCCAUUGGCAAUACCAACUGCGCCACAGUUUACAUCAAUCGAAUAUUUGAAUAUGGAUCAUCCUUGUUGUGCCAAGGAUCUUUUUACCGUCUUAUCAUACACACCCAAAGUUCGGCAUUUGAAGUUGUGGAAUCCGAUCACUAAAGAUGUGGAUUUGAAAGCAAUCGAAGCAAUGAGAUUAGCCAAUUUAAGAACAGUCUCGAUUGAGAUUUAUCAAAUGUCCUAUGAUGAGUUCGAAAUUUUCAUCAAGAAACUACCGUCAAGACAAUUAAACUCAUUAUCAUUGGAUAUUCAUCACGAUGACAUACUCUAUCUCGACGCAUAUCGAUGGGAAUAUUUUCUACAGGAAAACUUACCUCAAUUGGAAAAAUUCUAUUUUAAAUACUAUGUGUAUUUCUCCGAAAACUACGACACACCGAUGUAUUUAGGAGAUCAAAAUCAAUUUAGUUCAGCCUUUUGGCUCGAACGACAAUGGGUAUUCAAAGUAGAAAACGAUUGUACAGAUUUGAUCUAUUCCAUUCAACCAUACCGACCAAAAUGGUAUGACUAUGGUGCAAAAUCGGUCGAUUUAUCGAAAUCUGUCAAGUUCAAGGUAGCGAACUCAUCCCCUGAAUAUUGGACAAAAACGAUUACCAUUAUUGAAUACAUUCACCAUGCCUUAACUGUGACACAAAUUCAUCACUUAGAGUUCUCAUCGAUGGUCACCUUGGAAAAAUUAAAUGAAAUUCUCAUUCUCUUACCGGAUGUUAAGACAUUAACAUUAUUAACAUUGUAUUUCUCUGACCAAUCGUAUAUAUCAGAGGACGAACUUCGACUGAUAAGUCUUAUGUUUCAUACGAAACGUCUGGAGAAAAUUUUUCUUCGUAAAAUGGAACAAAUGGUCGAUCUGUUCUUUUUAAUACUUAUAUCUUCUCGUAUCGGUCAUCUUCAAGUCAAGUGUAUUGAUUAUCGGCAUGCAGAAUCGAUGGUUGGACUGAUUUUAAUGGAUAUUAAACCGAAAGUGGACAAUUCUCUUCGAACUCUGUCGUUUACACUCGAAAAGUUCGAACAGAAUGUCAUUGAAAAAUUAACAAAAAUGAUCGAUGAACGUACGUUACUUGAUAAUUAUAUCAUCGAGAAAGCCAGGAACGAGAUUUACAUAAAAUGGAAAUGA